CUGUCUGCCCUCACAGACACAGCUGCCCUGCUGAAGGCUGGCAUGGCACUGAGUACAGGAGUGGUUCUCCGGCUGCUGGUGGUGGUGAUCAGGGGUAUAGCUGCUCCAGCCCCAAUCUGCUCUCUGCUGGGCCAACCCGCUCUGCCUCUCCUGUCUGCCGAGGGGGACAUCAACAUUGGGGCAGUGUUCGGUAUACAUAGGAAUGCCCUCUUCAAGGUCCAUUCGUUCACCUCCAGACCAGAGAAAACACCCUGUAUCAGUUUCAACCCACGUGAGUUCCAGUUUGCACAGACCCUGAUCUUUGCCCUGGAGGAGAUCAACAACAGCAGUGAUCUGCUCCCAGGGCUGUCUCUGGGUUACCAGGUCUAUGACUCCUGUAGCUAUGCCCCCCUGGCCAUCCACUCAGCCCUGGCCCUGAUGAACAGCCCUGGGCCUGAGGACAGCCUGGGAGACCCUUCCUCCUGUUCCAGAUCUCCAGCCGUGUUGGGUAUUGUAGGGGAGUCAAGCUCCACAUCCACCAUCGGAAUAUCAUCCCUGGUCGGACCAUUCAACAUCCCUGUGAUCAGCCACUUUGCCACCUGUGCUUGUCUGAGUAACAGAAAGAAGUUCCCCUCCUUCUUCAGAACCAUCCCCAGUGACUUCUACCAGAGCAGAGCCCUGGCAAAGCUGGUCAAACACUUUGGAUGGAACUGGGUGGGAGUGGUGAACAGCAACAAUGACUAUGGAAACAACGGCAUGGCCACAUUCAUGGAGGCAGCGUGGCAUGAAGGGGUCUGUGUAGAGUACCAAGAGUCCAUCCACCGCACAGACCCCAGAGAGAAGCUCCUGGAAGUCGUCAAGGUCAUCCGGAGGGCCGAAGCCAGGGUGGUGGUACUGUUCUUGACCUUGGGGGAACUCAUCCCCCUGAUGAAUGAGAUGGCCCUGGAGGGAGACCCAGGGCUUCAGUGGGUGGGCAGCGAGUCCUGGAUCACAGCCAGACUGCUGGCGGAUAACAAGGCAUACGGUUUCCUGAGGGGAGCGGUUGGCUUUGCCAUCAGGAAUGCCAGGCUGGAUGGUCUGGAGGGUUUCCUAGACAAGGUGCACCCCUCCCAGGCACCAGACAACACCCUGCUCAGGGAGUUCUGGGAGACUGUGUUCCAGUGCUCCUUCGAGGGAGGCAGCAGCACUCUGUGCACAGGAACAGAGAGCUUAGCAAAGCUGAAGAACCAAUACACUGACGUGUCAGAGCUGAGAAUAUCCAGUAAAGUGUACACAGCUGUAUAUGCCAUUGCACACGCUCUGCACAACCUACUGACAGACUUAAAGAAUGACACAGACAGCGGCAAAAGAACAGUCUACACACCACAGCAGGUGCUACAGUACCUGAAGGAGGUGAGGUUUAGAGUAAAGACAGGAGAGGAGAUCUGGUUUGAUGAUAACGGAGAUGUGGUGGCGUGCUACGACCUAGUGAACUGGCAGCAGGAGGAGGAUGGGACCCUGCAGUUCCAUGUUGUGGGGCUGUAUGAUUCCUCGAUGCCCCCUGAACAGCGCAUUACCUUCAACAAGGGAAAACUGGUCUGGGCAGGGGGCCAGGCAGAGGCACCUGCAUCAGUGUGCAGUGAGAGCUGUCCCACAGGCACUCGUAAGGCUGUGCAGAAAGGAAAGCCUGUAUGCUGUUAUGACUGUGUACCAUGUGGGGAGGGAGAGAUCAGUAAUAUCACAGAUUCUAACGGCUGCUAUCGAUGUGACUUGGAGUAUUGGUCCAAUGAAAAAAGGGACCGCUGUGUGUUGAAACCAGUUGAAUUCCUCUCCUAUGAAGAAAUGAUGGGCAUAGUUCUGGUGUUUUUCUCCUUACUGGGGUCCGGUGUUACUACUCUGGUAGCUGUGGUGUUUUCAAUUCAUAAGGACACCCCCAUCGUCAGGGCCAACAACUCUGAGCUGAGCUUCCUGCUGCUUUUCUCAUUGACUCUGUGUUUUCUGUGUUCUCUUACUUUCAUUGGCCGGCCCUCUGAGUGGUCCUGUACGCUGCGCCACACAGCGUUUGGGAUCACCUUCGUCCUCUGCAUCUCUUGUGUUCUGGGGAAAACAAUAGUGGUGUUGAUGGCCUUCAGGGCUACACUUCCAGCCAGUAAUAUAAUGAAAUGGUUUGGUCCUCCACAGCAGAGACUCAGUGUUCUGGCUUUCACUCUCAUACAGGUCCUGAUCUGUGUUCUUUGGUUAACAGUCUCCCCUCCUUUCCCCUACAAGAACAUGAAAACUUAUAAGGAAAAGGUCAUUCUAGAGUGUGAUGUGGGUUCAGCUAUUGGUUUCUGGGCUGUGUUGGGGUAUAUAGGACUCCUGGCUCUCUUGUGCUUUGUGCUGGCUUUUCUGGCUCGAAAGCUUCCUGAUAAUUUCAAUGAGGCCAAAUUCAUCACCUUCAGCAUGCUCAUAUUCUGUGCAGUCUGGAUCACCUUUAUCCCAGCUUAUGUCAGCUCUCCUGGGAAGUUCACAGUAGCUGUGGAGAUCUUUGCUAUUCUGGCCUCCAGUUUUGGUUUACUUUUCUGCAUUUUUGCUCCUAAAUGUUUCAUUAUAUUGCUGAGGCCAGAGCAAAACACCAAGAAACAUAUGAUGGGGAAGACAUCUAAUGACAUACGAUAUUAAAGAAACAUAUUUUGGGAAAGGCGUCAACCAAAGCCCUUUAGGAUGAAUACUGACCAUUGGCCUAUUCUAAGUAUUUCUAUAAUAAACACAGACACAUCAUAUCUAAGUCAGUCAUGGGUUGUACUCAUCCACAGACACAUCAUAUCUAAGUCAGUCAUGGGUUAACCUCAUCCCCAGACACAUCAUAUCUAAGUCAAUCAUGGGUUAACCUCAUCCACAGACACAUCAUAUCUAAGUCAGUCAUGGGUUAAACUCAUCCACAGACACAUCAUAUCUAAGUCAAUCAUGGGUUAACCUCAUCCACAGACACAUCAUAUCUAAGUCAGUCAUGGGUUAAACUCAUCCACAGACACAUCAUAUCUAAGUCAGUCAUGGGUUAACCUCAUCCACAGACACAUCAUAUCUAAGUCAGUCAUGGGUUAACCUCAUCCACAGACACAUCAUAUCUAAGUCAAUCAUGGGUUAACCUCAUCCCCAGACACAUCAUAUCUAAGUCAAUCAUGGGUUAACCUCAUCCACAGGCUCAAUUGAUACCAAAAAAUAGAGCCUGGAAACACUGUGCAAUGAAGUGGGACUUGAAAGGGGAAGGGUUCAAAUCAAGGCAGGAUAGAGAGAGCCUGCUACAGUUUGACUAUGAAAACUGCAGAAAACCUCACAAUGAUCAUAUGACUUUUAGGAAGCCCCAACUGAUUCUGAGUUUGGGCAUAUUUCUUAUUUUAUUUAUUUCACCUUUAUUUAACCAGGU